AUGGGACUUCCUGUUAAAGACGACCUUGGUCUCAAUGGGACUUCCUUUAAGGACCUUGCACCCACCAUAGAGUUCGAGCAGACGUCCUACCAGGUGCGGGAGCCCCCCGGGCCAGACGGCAUCGAGGUGCUUAACAUCAAGGUGGUCAGGACAGGAGACCAGGACCGCACCUCCAAGGUCCGCUGCAGCACCCGGGACGGAUCAGCCCAGUCCGGAAUGGACUAUAACCCCAAGAGCAGAGUCCUCAAAUUCACCCCUGGCAUGGACCACAUCCUGUUCAAAGUGGAGAUUCUGUCCAAUGAGGACAGGGAGUGGCACGAGUCCUUCUCAUUGGUCCUCGGUCCUGACGACCCGGUGGAGGCAGUGCUUGGAGAGAUCACCACGGCAACAGUCACCAUCCUGGACCAGGAAGCAGCAGGGAGUCUCAUUCUCCCGGCCACGCCCAUCGUGGUAUCUCUGUCAGACUAUGACAACGUGGCUGAGGUGUCUAAGGAGGGCAGUAAGAAGCAGCCGUCGCCUGGCUACCCCUUGGUGUGUGUGACGCCCUGUGACCCUCACUACUCCAAAUACUCUGUGAUGAGGGAGCGCUGUGACGAGGCAGGCAUCAACCAGACCUCUGUUCACUUCUCCUGGGAGGUGGCUGCCCCUACAGACACCAACGGGGCCAGGUCACCCUUCGAGACCGUCACUGAUACCACACCCUAUACUGGUGUUAACCAUAUGGUCCUGGACAGUAUCUAUUUCUCUCGGAGGUUCCAUGUUCGCUGUGUGGCCCAGGCCCGGGACAAGUCCGGCCAUCUUGGAACACCCCUGAGGAGUAACAUAGCAACCAUCGGCACCGAGGGUUCCAUAUGCCACACCCCUGUUACCACGGGAACAGCCCGAGGGUUCCAGGCCCAGUCGUUCAUCGCCAGUCUGAAGUAUCUGGAUGUCAAACACAAGGAGCACCCCAACCG